CCGUCGCGUCUCCUCAGCCCGAGCUCUUAGGUUCCAGUCCGUGGUUGUACGCUUGGUUAAUCUGGGCAUGCUCAGGGUAUGUGACCUUCAACCUGGGAGUCCAUGGCAAUUGAAAAGCAACUGACAACUUUAUUACAUCAAAGUUGAACUGAGGCCUGGAGCGGUGCCUCACGCCUGUAAUCCCGGCACUGUGGGAGGCUGAGGCUGGUGGUUCACCUGAGGUCCAGGGUUCAAGAACCUGAGGGUCUCACUCCCUCACCAAGACUGGAGCGCAUUCUCAGCUCACUGCAACCUCCACCUUCCAGGCUCAAGCGCUUCUCCUGCCUCAGCCUCCUGAGUAGCUGGGAUUACAGGUGUCUGCUUUCUGAGAACAGCAGAGAAGAACCAUGUCCCAGGAAACUUCACUUGACGGGUCACUGUCCUUUGGGGAUGUGGCUGUGGGCUUCACCUGGAAAGAGUGGCAGCAGCUGGACCUGGAGCAGAGGACCCUGUACCAGGACGUGAUGCUGGAGGCCUGCAGCCACCUGCUCUCUGUGGGGUGUCAAGACGGCAAACCAGCUGUGAUCUUCAGGUUGGAGCAGGAGAAAGAGCCAUGGAUGGAGGAGGAGGAGGAGGAGAUGGGCACGUGGCACUUCCCAGAAGAAGUUUGGCAAGUUGUUACCCAACCAGAUAGACAACAGCAACACCAAGACCAACAUUUGAGUGAUGCUCUUUUAGAUGAGAAAGACUGGACCCAAAAUGGGCUUCAUGAAUAUAAGCAACUUGGGGGAAAACAUCAGAACACAAACCUCGUUCCCUCUGAACAGGAGGUCACACCUGUGACUCGGUGGAAAGUCCACCUGGACCUCACGCCUAAGGCCUACCUGGCAAGGAGGAGAUUUGAGUGUGACAGCCAUGGGAACUGUUUCUGUAUUCGAAGCUUGAAACUCCACCUUCAGGAGUGAAUCCACUUGAAUGUAACCGGUGUAGAAAAGCUUUAAGCUGUAACACAGGCCUUCAGGCAGGUCAGGGAGCCAGUAGUGAGAAACCCCACGCAGGCACAAAGUGUGGGAAAGCCUUCGCCUGCAGAUUGGAUCUCAGGGUACAUCACGGGGUCCACACUGGGGAAGAUAUCCUUUGCAUGCAGUGAACGAGGGGGUAGUUUCAGGAAGAAGGUUUGCCCCAACAGAAAGGGAACUCACACAAAAGAGAAACCCAGUAGAGCCAGCAGACGUGGUAAAACGAUCUUCCAGAAGCCAGGCCUCUCUGUCCUUGGGACCGCCCAUGCCGCAGCAAAGCAUUACCAGUGUUUGGAGUGUGAGAAAACCUUCCCCCACAAGUCACGCCUCAUCGAGCACCAGCGCUCCCACAUGGGAGAGAAACCCUAUGGCUGCAGGGAAUGCGGGGGUGGGGUGGUCCCUCUCCCAGAAAUCAUGCCUCAUCAUCCACUACAGAGUCCACACAGGAGAGAAGCCCUAUGGCAGCAGCAACUGUGGAAAGGCCUUUUUCCAGAAAUCAUACCUUAUCCUGCAUCAGAGGACUCACAUGGGGAGAAGCCCUACAGAUGCAGAGAGCAUGAGUAAGCCUCCUCCCAGAACUCCU